UAAAUUCUCCGAGCUCACCGACAGUCUUCUCCACAACGGACAUAUAACUAGAGUCCCCCUUUAUGGGAUAAGGCUGUCAUCAGUCUUCAGCUGCGAGAAUCUUCCAAUAUACAAUGAUGGCCCUCCGUGUCAUGUUCAGUCUUCUGCCGCUUCUGGCCAUCGCAGCACCAGGAGAGGCCCUUGAAAAACGCGCCGUCACCUGUUUAACGGUCGGAUCGACAGCUACAGCAACAUGGACGAACAGUGCUGGACAGACAUGCUCCUUUAGCGGAGUCGUCGGUAGCAACUACGGCACCAACAGCGCUGGCGGAGAAUAUUCAUGCAACGGUCGCUGCGGCGCAGGAUGCAGUGGGACCGCAGUAGGGGAUGCAUACACCCAGGACUGCUUCUCGCAUGACAUCUGCUCCUACUUUGAAAAUGCAAGCGGCGGGUCGAGUGACCCCAACUGCGGUGCUGCCUAUGAUGCCGCCGUUGACGAUACUUUGCUCGGCGCUGCCAAUGGCUGUGGACAGACUAAUCCCUCUGAAGCUGUUUCGCCGCCUGCUGGGAGUCCAAGCUGUCAGUAGAAGUCCCGUCAAGACUGUAUCUAAGCCGUGGCACCAUGUAUAUACUCUGGCAGUACAUAUUGUAUACUCUGGAAGGCCCAUUUGUUCUACGAGCUGGGGCUUUCCCUCUCGAUAAGGCCGGUUU